AAAACGGCCAAUCAGAGAGCGAGCGUGUGCCGGGCUCUGCAGUAUAAAAUGCUGGCAGAUUCUCCACCAAACACUCCUCUCUGGACUUCUUUUUGGAACCACAUCGGCUGAACUGAAAUCUCAAAACGUCGCCAUGCAGUCUCCUGGGAAAUCUCUGAAGGAAGCUCUGCUCUGCGCUCAGAGCGAGCAGCGACUCACUGCCGGAGUCUACGAGAGCGCCAAGAUCAUGACUGAUGACCCGGACAGCGUGUCUUUCUGCGUCCUGGCCAUGGACGAGGAGUUCCAGUGCGACAUCGCCCUGCAGAUCCACUUCACCCUCAUCCAGUCCUUCUGCUUCGACAACGACAUCAGCAUCGUCCGAGUGAGCGACGUGCAGCGUCUGGCCGAGAUCGUCGGCGACAAGGCGGUGCCGCUCGAAGACGCCCACUGCGUCCUCAUCACGAACCCAGCUGACGGGUCUUGGGAGGACCCUGCUCUGGAGAAGCUGCACCUGUUCUGCGAGGAGAGCCGGCGUCUGAACGACUGGGUUCCUGAGAUCAGCCUCCCCGGCGUUGAUCGGGGCCCCUCGGCUGAUCUUCGUUUUUGCUCAGAUGCUGUAAAGCUUCUCAUCUGGAAAUACUCAUCCUGA